AUGUCUCUUCUCGUCCUCCGUCUGGGCGGCCGGAAACUCCUCUACUCGAUGAGCCAUUAUAUCUCCCUCCCCUCCAUUCGUUCUCUCCGUCGCGCGAAGGUCUUCACGAAGCUCAUGCCAUCUCUUGGGACUCCGAAGGUCGAGGAGGCACUGUUCAAUAUCAAGCAGAUCUUCGACCCCAAGAUGUCGGAGCUGAAUACGGCACGCCAUCCUGCACGCACCGGUUCGUCGCUCAUGAUGGAUGAGAUUAGCGUCGAGGAGAAGUCGGAAUACUUCCCUCACACGGACUCUGUUGGCGGCUUCUGCCGAGAGCACUCGGCGUCAGUGAAUACACGACUGUCUACCUUCGACAACGCGGUCAAUAUGGCUCAUCGCUUACAUGACGGGACCCUUCACUAUGGGAAGGAAGCGUCUGUGAUUGCGGUCGGGUCCUUUGCACACUCUUCACGGUUACGUGGCGCUUUCCCCAUCCUCAUGUCCCCGACCUGCAAGACGGAAUCACCACACGGCUCUGCCGCGAUCGUAACGAAGGUUCUCCGAGCACUCGAGGAAGCAGGGCUACGCGACCUUCUCGGCGAUGUUUGGAGCUUUGCGUCCGAUGGUGAUGCAGGUCGCCGAGCAAUGGUUUACGAUCUGUUCAUGGAGCAAGAGGUAACCGAUGGCCAUUCUCUUUACCCGCUUGUUGGCGGCCUUACGGGUCUGAACCGCUUUGUUGGGCAUAGUAAUAUCACGGCAGAUUUUGACUGGAAGCACGAGCUCAAACGUACGUCCGACAUAUAG